UCCACUGAUCUGCUGCCGACCACGCAUCUGCUGGGAUGUUUUGCCGCUAACGCCACAUGCUUAUACACAACGCCCUUCCGUAUGCACUUCAAAGAACACGGACGAGAGAUGAGGUUUGGACAAAUAUUCUGCCUCCAUCAGCGAUUCCGGCAACGUGAAUAGCAUCCGUCAAGGUUCGUGGUACCGAUCACUUUAACGCUGCUCGUCAGUCUUGUAAUGGUGAAGUGCCAGGGUUUCAACUUCAAGAACAAACACGGAAAUCUAGGCAGUGACGUCCAAGGCGGCCGCUCCAUCCAGAUCGAGCUUGUUCUCUACAACCGGUGCAGCCGCGGCAAUAUCCAGCUCGAGGGCAAGAAAGUGACCGCCGCCCCGGGAAAUUCUUCCAGCAAACUGGUGCUGUCGUCGGUCGGCAUGGGUUCCAAGCUCACCAUUCAUUCCAACGGCACCUUCCUAUGUUUCAACAAGGGCGGCAGGCUCGUCAACAAGAGGCGGCGCAGCCGGCGCAAGAGCCUGUGCGAGUUCCGCGAGAUCAUGCGGGACAACUACUCCACCUUCCAGUCGGUGUACAACGACAACUGGUACAUCGGCUUCAACAGCACGGGCAAGCCGAUGCGGGGCCGCAAGGUGCGCCCGCGCAGGUGGUUCCCGUUCAUGUUCCUCAAGCGCCGAUGCAAGGACGGCCCGCUGUCGCCUUUCGACAAGGUGCCGCAGGACGAGUGGCUCAAGUUGCUCAACGAGACGAGAACCGACAAGAGCUGACGCCGGCAGGCCGCGCCACGGUUUCCCUUCUGGUCCACGCCGCUCUCUCCGGCCUGAACUCGGACAAACCAUCAUCGACCUGUAUAUACGCAUCCCUCCUUCAGUGUCCAACGAUCCUUUCGUGCUGAGUCCGACUCUUUUUUUUUUUUUUUUUUGCUAGCAUUUUUUUCUUUUUAUUAUUAUUAUUAAUAUUAUUAUUAUUACGGCGCUGAUGAAUUAAGCGCGCGCUGUGUCCGCUGCGUGCCGUGCAACGCAGCUGCACGAAUCCCGUGGAUGUCACUCGCCUCUGAGCGAGCGGCUCUCCGCUCUCCCUCGGCCUAGUUGAUGUGGCCCACCACGUUGUUACAAGUAGGAACGUUGUGCGCAAACGAGGAACGAGUGGCAUCGUCUUCUCAUGUCCCGAUCAACUCCCGUGUUGUGUGCGCGCUCGCACGACGAGGUUUGCGCCGGGCCCCCUCUGAGCGAUUUCAGACGAGAGCGAUUUCACUCUCGCGCUCGUCGUCCCAGUCACGCCUGCGCAUGCCCGAGCUGCGCGCAUACUAAUGCUGCGUAUGGCGGGAAAGUGAACUUCCACCAGGUGCUGCGGUCGCUACGGCGCUGACACUUCGCAUGUCGCUUCCUCACCAAAGAGAGCGAACAUGUCGCAGCACUUGCGUAGAGCCCGUUCUCUAUACUGUAUACGGCGAAUACGGAGCGAAGAAAUGAGAGCAAAAAAAAAAAUUUCGCCCGAGGCUCGCGAGUUCCAGGGACGGCCAAACAACUUCGUGCGAGCGAAAGCCCCCCCUCGCUUUUUAGUGCAAGGUAUACGCGUACUCUUCUUUUAUUUAUAAUUUUAGUGAAGGGUGUUCUGCACAAAGAAAGAGAAUGGCACCUUUUCGGCGUGUCCUAUUCUGUGGUGUUGAAGUUGUCGCUACACACGGCACCAAUCAUACGUUGUCAAGAGCACAAUUUCGAUGCACACAUGUCUCCUCUCGGCCUUUGUCGGCUCGUCACGAGCCUCUUGUUUCGCUCUCGUGGGGUUCACAUUUUGUCGUGCGUGAACGAUUUAGGUCCGCGCUUGGAACGAGAGUCGUUCUACGAUUUCCAGAAUUGGCCACUGAGUAACAAUUAGUGCACUGGACGACUGUGAUUGGGACAUGCAAACUCGCAAUGUUUUCGAGCGAGGUGUGCGUGCACGUAGUUAUACAUAAGGACGUCUAUCGCCUGGCCCAUCGGUAGGUUUCUCGCUUCCUUGUUUCGCCUUCGUUGGGGCCUUAGUUCUGCUUGGUGCAGCUCACGACCAAAUUUUUGUUCCACAUUUUUUUUUUCCGCAACGGGUUUUCCAGGGUUGCCGCGUGCGCGCUGGUGUCAAUCAUUCCCUUCACCUCAGGUGCUUUUCAGAAUACUAAUGAAUUGUAUAUAUGUACACAUACGCAGUAUUUAUUUCGAGUACAUUGUAAAAAGAAAAUGUAUGUGAAGGAAGAGACAUACUGCCGCAGCAGUUUGCUGGCUUUUCUUUAGGUUGUCGUUGUUGUGUUUGACCACGUUACAUUUUUUUUUUCUCUCUUAUUAGCGUUGUUGUUUCAUUGUAUGCCGCUCUUUAUUUCUUCGCAUUCUUGAACAUUUUCUUUUAAUCAAAUCAAAGCCAUAUGUGAACAUUUUUGUGGCCAUACGCGUCUCUGACAUUCUUUUGCCAUUCCUAUAUACGUAACCAAACACGAGUUUGGUUCAUUCAUACGAAGAUUGUGUUAGACUUGUUCUUAUUGAUGUUGCUCUAAUCACUGUAGCAAAAUUCAUCUUCAGACUUUGUUGCUUCCUAUGAAUAACAUUUUUUACACUACACAUCACAUUUCGUAUCCGAGUUUGUUUCAACAGUGCACGCAACCAACGGAAGGAAAAAAAUAUGUAGAACAAGCGGACAAUGCUUCUACCAUUGAAUAAUUAAUCGUUAUUUUACUUGUUUACGAAAAAAAAAACGUUGUUCUGCAUUUAAUAUGCAGCUUUUAAUUGGCUUUGUAUUAAGCUUUUUGUAUUCAGUACGACAACUGCGGCUCGUUCAUUGCUUUUCUUUUGUGCUCCGAGCUCAAUUCUGUCAAUUUUUGUUUUUUUUUUUACCGUUUCGCUCUGGCUUGCUGCCUCCGAUUUUAGUUCGAACGCCAUCGUCACUUCUUGUCAUUACUCAUCGUCUUCUCUCCUCCGUGGGUUUCUCGCAGACGGGGCGUCAAUAAUAACGCGGAUCGUCGCUGCUGCAUUGAAACAUGCUCUUUAAAACGCCGCACUUCGCGGUAUCACAGGAUCGCCAACACAACGCAUCGCUUGCAGCUUUCCAUACGAGGAGCCGGCCUUGCAGUUGCAAGCGCGGCACUGUGUGUACUCAACGUAUCAAAGUGCCAUCAUGUCACUGUACGCCAUCCACUUCAACCGCAUCGCGCUCAUAACUCUCUGAGCUGGGCUCGUUACUGUAAGAACUGCCGGGCACCUCCUGUUCGUCCCUUACGCGGGUCCAAACGCAAAAGGAACACAUUUUUCUCGUCGUCUUUCUUGGGCGCUUGAAAGUUAUGAUGGCGGCUAUUCAUUUGAUCGCCGCAGAAUUUUGUCCAGAUGGUUUCAAUUUAUACACACAGAAUGCUCUUGCGCCGGUAGCUUGCUUAUACUGACGGAGCCAGUGCAUAUGCUCGUAAAUUUGCUGCCGACCUUUUCUUUUUCUUUCUUUCUUUACAACCGUUUUCUUGAUUAUGCUUUGCUAUGCACUUCUUUUUUCUACUGCAUUUUAAGGUAAGGCCUCUUAGAUAACGGCAAGCCUCCUCGCUCUGACAGUGACGUCAACUGGGAUGGCCCCGUCGCUCCCAUUGACGACCUCUGUUUCAUAUAGUCUGCGUAGCCUAUCGAAAUGUAUGGGCUGUCGGCCCAACCACGUGACGUCACGGCUCAAAGUGCGUAUGCCUUCUGCUAUUCAAGAUGUGCUGCCCUCCAGACCAUCCCAAGCUGUGAUGAGCAAAGCAAGCACCGCACCUGCGCCGUCUAACCAGAGCAGGAUUCGUAAAAACUGAAAGCCCAGAUCGCAGUUUUCUACUCGCCCGUACGUGCACCGUUUGCUGCGGGACUUAAUUACCCGUGAUGCGCGAAAUAUAUUUUUUUUCCCUCUGAACAUAUCAUCUACUGUUGACACGUCGCUACCCGAAAACGUGUUCGCGCAAAACAUCAGAUGACGGUAAAUCAACGCCAUCGUCAAGCUUCCACAGCUGGGAGGAACCCCCCCCCCCCUCCCCAAACAAAUAUACAACCGCCGUUGCACUUGUCUGUGCCAUCCACAUUCCAACACGCCCCUGACUGCUUUCGUGAAGGCGCCAUCGCACAUUAAUUACUUUUACUGUGUCAGUGCGCCUCUUUAUACUGCGGCCGAUGAUGAACACGUCGACGCUGUGCUGGUCUCUUAUCUAGCCGUGCCACACGUGUCCCGUUUCACAGCUGCCGUGUUCCCACUAGUUCCGCUGUACACCGCCGAUCCGCAUAUGCCUACCGUGUCGUUCCACUAUCUUCGCGCAGCAUCGGUGGUGGUGGUAACAACUUUAUUGAGAUUCUGCUCAGUUAUCUGGCAGGCCCGAGUCCUAGGAUGGCCCCUCACGAAGGGCGACCCUUUCGGCCCAGGCAACGAGGGCUUUUUGUACAUUUUCAUCCGGCGUUCUGAGCAGCUCCUCCCACGUCUGUUGUGAGGGGGCUGGCAGGAGCGACCUGGGAGGGGGUAAGCCCUCGCACCCCCAAAGAAUGUGAUUUUGGGUAGCCAAUGUUCGGGAGGUGUGCCCCUCAGACUCGGAUCCCAUGGAUGAGGCACCGACGACAUACCACGAGAUAACAAACUACUACAAGCAAAAAAAGGCGAAUCUACCCGCCUCCAAACGCAAGCCUCACGCGAGCGCAAGCCUCAAUCCGGCGUCGAAUCCAAACUAAGUCGUUCCCCAGCCCACAUUGGCUGGCCAUAAUUACCAACGGGCAAUUGAACCCAAUAUAUCAAAACUGCACAAAUCAAACAUUGGCAGCAUCGGAGCUUUAAGUCUUUCAUCGGUAACUACCUUAAGGCCGAAGCAAAUUCGCUCUCCACCUUUAUGGUUGCUUGCAGCCUUGUUUGUCGAAAGUAUUUUGAAAGCUAAACGUUACACAGGUGGGCGCCGAGUGGAGCUUUCACCCGCUACCCGAGAGGCGCUGCGCACGGACUCUAUUUGCCUAUUUUGUUAUCCUGUGGACGCCCGAGUGUUAAAAAAACGUAUAUACUUUUAAGUACGUGUUGGGAUACUGCACUGGUUCGUGAUAUCGCCAUUCCACAGUCAUUAAUCAUUUCAGGAAGCUGCCUAAAUUACGACUUCGCGCGCGUGUAAUGUCUGCUGGUGAGCGUUGCCUUCGUAAGCUCCGACGUGACCGCCUAGCACAGUGCUCUUCACCGGGAGCCAGACAUGACUUCGUGUAUUGGACGCGUACCUUCCUUCUUUUUUUUUUUCCUCUUGCCUCUUUCUCCCUGAUAUGUUAAUGUGCGCCGUUCUCCUUAUUAUCAAACAAGCCAAGCGAUUUACUUACAUGUCCAGGGUCUAAAAUUGCUUCGCGCACUUGAGUUAUCCGACACUGCUCGAUUUAUUUGUAUCUUCUCUUCCUCGCAAUUUUAGUGCUGCGUCGGUUCCCUUCAUUCGCGAAAGGACCUCGACUCCACGUUGACGUCAACUUAAUAAAUCUUUUUUUUUUUUUUUUUAAAGAAUAAAGUAAAUAUGAACAACGGCCUCGAGGAGCAGUAUAGCACUUGUUUCCUUUUCUUUCCUUUCUUUUUUUCACUAACUCUCGCUCCUCUCGCUAUUAGCUCCUUCGAGCGCAUUAGGUCGGCGCGACUCGGCAGCCGGCAGUCUGCGGUUUAUUUAAGCAGACUUCUCGAGUUUGCCGUAUCGGGCGCUUCACGUGAAUCUAAAAAAAAGAAAACGAAAUGAAUGCGGUCGUUAUUUAAAAGCUUGUAGUUUUCAAUUCUGGUUUUACUUGCGCAGUUUCCUCGUUAUUCUUUUUUUUUUUCUUCUUUCGAAGGGGGGGGGGGGAUGGGGGGUUUAAUUUAGGCGCAUAACCUUCUGGGGCAGUGCAAACUUCAACUUCUUCGCUGUUUGGAUGCAGAAUUUAACUCUCCCUAAAGUUUUUUAUCUUUCGAAACAUAUAACGCUUGUUUCGUAGUUCUUCCUCUCUCUCUCUCUCUCUUCUUUUUUUCGUAUUUCAUUUUGAGCUGUCAGUGGAAAUAGUAGACAGACUGCACAGCUGUAGAACAGAAAGUAGAUUAAGGAUUUGUUUUUGUUUUUUUGUUCUUUCUUUCUUUUUUUUUUUUUUUACGAAGCUUGGCCAUUUUGUUGGCGCCUUGUCCCUUCAUGUAACCCUCCUUUAGAGUAUUAGGAAACACAUGGGCGCGACUGAAUAACUGCUCUUUUAUUUUUUAUUUUAUUUUUUUUUAUGUCGCCGUGCCCUAUAUUAACUACCCCCAAUGGCUGUCGCCUGUACUCUUGGAAUAAAGCCAUUAUGACGUUAAGACAUUAUCGCUCACAUCUGUCAUUUUCGCUAGCUGGUUACACCUGGGUGCACGAAUACAUUCGAGAAACAGCGUGAUGAAGCGCCUUUCGAGCUCUGGACGCCUUAAAUGUUUUUUAACCUUUCUCUCGUGUUCAACGGCUUUGUCAUAAUAUAAGCGUCGGGGUGAAUAGUGGAAUCCGUGCUCUGUUAUACGCUUCAUGAAUUUCGAGUGCCCAACAAAUUUCGCACUGCCCGUAAACUUCACCCCAGCGUUGGCAUCAUUUCAAAUCGAUUAUGGCGCGCAUGCACUUCGGCUCUUGCAGGUUGCUCCGGAGCGUUCCACCUGUGCCCACCGUCUUUCUUUCCCGUUCUCUUUCUCAGUUUCUUUCACGGGCUCAAAUAAGGAAGUACCGCAUUGGUUGGAAGUUCGGCAUCCACCGCUACAUCCGUCAGUUCACUGCCAUAUUUCCGCGGCACACGGCUGCGUGCGCUGCAACGCCGGCGACGAAUGGUGGUUGUGCGGCUCCGGAUGUGGUAGUAGCACGUAGAAACAGUCGCGAUCUGUAGCAGACAGGGGGCAUGGGUGCUGCAGCCGCAAGCGCUCACGAGUCUGGGUGUAUAAAACGCGCUGACCGAAGCGAAACGGAGAUGUCAGUGGAAACACAGUCACUGCUCUUUCCAACACAUCGUUGUUUGGAUCCGCGGAAGCUGCCAUUUCGAAAACGAUCGAGCCAUUGAGACGGUUUGUUUACCCUCCACCCCUGCUACGCCCAUAAGCGCUGAGUGAAGUCGUCUGUACGACCAUGUUCCUGAUUGCGUAACACCGUGUUGUGCCGCUCUACUAGUUAGAAAGCUUCCCUAUUAACAACCACCGAUGACGGCACCCCCGAGUGCCCUCCAUUUGAAUCGUGUGCGUGGAGAGCGCAGAACCCGCAUCAUUUCGUGUGCGUGAUCAAUAUCUUAGGCGGAACGCAUCAUGCCGCGCCUCCGAACCCGCCUCGUGUGUGCGCGAGCAGUAGAAGCUUCUAUGGUCACGAAGGAUAAUUGAUUACAUCCGCGGCGUCGAACACGCAAGGCGGCCGUAAAUAUAAAGAGGGAAAGAAAACCUGAUUGAAAGAAAGCUGACGUGCUUGCACGUAUGACUGGGUGUGUUUUUAACUGGAAAGCUACUAUACCCUGUCUUUUCCUUUCUUCUUUUUUACCUGCAAUGUUUCACUUCCCACCGAAAGUGAACAAAUGGCAACCGAUUCUUACUUUCCCGAACCUUUUAACUCAGGUUCACCUGAAGUGGCAUUUUUACCAAAAGGACGAGUGUACGCGCUUAUGUGGCCAUUCAUACCUCUAGACCAGUGAAGUGUGCUUUUGAAGUUGUCUGUUGAACUGUAUGAGUGGCAGCACUAUCGUAGAUGAACAAAAAAAUCAUAUAGCGCUGCGGUUUGCCAAUGCCGAGCGCGGAGGUAUUUUGUGUUCCACCUUGUAUGAAGUUCCUAUGUUGAAAACGUGCCAUAUAAGAGAGAUAUGUCUGUGGCAGAUGAGUCUCAAUGUAAGACUGCAUAUUAAUGUAUGUGCUGUUGUAUGUCUGAAUGUGUUCGGAAAUAAAUCUGUGCAUCUGCCCACA